GCAGUAGGUGCUGGAGUGCGGCGCCGCCGUGGGGGACGGGGAGUAGAGCGGGCGGGCGAGAGGACGGCGAGGACGGUAGCAGCGUCCGCGGGGCGCAGGGCGGGCGUCUGCAGGGCGGCACCUUCCGAGGGCCAGCCCUUGGCCGAGCCCGGGACUGGGUUCGAGCCGUGGCGAGGCGACAGCACCGCGCACACCAAAGAGGAGGCAGCGGCGGCGACAGCGGCGGCCCCAGCCAUGCUGUGCUAUGUGACGAGGCCGGACGCGGUGCUGAUGGAGGUGGAGGUGGAGGCGAAAGCCAACGGCGAGGAUUGCCUCAACCAGGUGUGCAGGCGGUUGGGGAUCAUAGAAGUUGAUUAUUUUGGACUGCAAUUUACUGGUAGCAAAGGUGAAAGUUUAUGGCUAAAUCUGAGAAACCGGAUCUCCCAGCAGAUGGAUGGGCUAGCGCCAUACCGGCUUAAACUGAGAGUCAAGUUCUUCGUGGAGCCUCAUCUCAUCUUACAGGAGCAGACGAGGCAUAUCUUCUUCCUGCACAUCAAGGAGUCCCUCCUGGCAGGCCACCUCCAGUGUUCCCCAGAGCAGGCGGUGGAGCUCAGUGCCCUCCUGGCCCAGACCAAGUUUGGGGACUACAACCAGAACACUGCCAAGUACAACUACGAGGAGUUGUGUGCAAAGGAACUCUCUAGUGCCACCUUGAACAGCAUCAUUGCAAAGCAUAAGGAGUUGGAGGGGACCAGCCAGGCCUCGGCUGAGUACCAAGUUCUGCAGCUCGUGUCGGCAAUGGAAAACUACGGCAUCGAGUGGCAUGCUGUGAGGGACAGUGAAGGCCAGAAGCUCCUCAUUGGGGUGGGGCCCGAAGGAAUCUCCCUCUGUAAGGAUGACUUUAGCCCAAUUAAUAGGAUAGCUUACCCUGUGGUGCAGAUGGCCACUCAGUCAGGAAAGAAUGUGUACUUGACCGUCACCAAGGAGUCUGGGAACAGCAUCGUGCUUUUGUUCAAAAUGAUCAGCACCAGGGCGGCCAGCGGGCUCUACCGAGCCAUCACCGAAACACACGCUUUCUACAGGUGUGACACGGUGACCAGCGCCGUCAUGAUGCAGUACAGUCGUGACUUAAAGGGCCAUUUGGCUUCUCUCUUUCUGAAUGAGAACAUCAACCUCGGCAAGAAGUAUGUCUUCGACAUUAAAAGAACAUCAAAGGAGGUGUAUGACCACGCCAGGAGGGCUCUGUACAAUGCUGGCGUGCUGGACCUCGUCUCCAGGAACGGCCAGAGCCCUCCCGGCUCCCCGCUCAAGUCCUCCGGGAGCAGCAUGAACUGCACAAGCUGCGAGGGCCUCAGCUGCCAGCAGACGCGGGCGCUGCAGGAGAAGCUGCGCAAGCUGAAGGAAGCCAUGCUGUGCAUGGUGUGCUGCGAGGAGGAGAUCAACUCCACAUUCUGCCCUUGUGGCCACACUGUGUGCUGUGAGAGCUGCGCGGCCCAGCUGCAGUCCUGCCCGGUCUGUCGGUCUCGAGUGGAACACGUCCAGCACGUUUAUUUGCCAACUCACACGAGUCUUCUCAAUCUGACUGUCAUCUAAUCUGUCCUGCACCAGUGGGACAUGCCAUGUUUCCACGAACUGCACUAUUGUAAACUAUAAGAAUGAUAAUUUUGUGGAGAAAAUAAUUUCACUCCCAACACCCAUCUGCCAUGCAACGUUUAAAACACAAAGAAAAAGAAGAAGAAAAACAGGAAUACAGCUCAUUGCAGAAACCAUCCAUGCAUAGAACCGACCAGUCCAGUGAGGGGAACACGGAAGCGCUCUGGUACACAAACACAUUCCUUGGACUUUGGUUUUUUUAUGAUUCAAUAAAGGAACAGGUAAAAUAUUUGUCAGUUAAGUGGCAACAUAGCCAAAAAGUGGGUACCUUUUAGGAAAUAGUGUUGUAAGUCUCCAUAAUGUAUCCCGAGGUAAGUUUCCUAACUGCAGCAGAUUUUGUAAGAAGUAGUUUUAGGAAUUUACUUGGUUCUUUUUGUAUGGCCAUGGAGCACCGAACAUUUUUAAUAGGAAAAUUUUUCUUAAAUAGCUGUCAUUAUGUCAUUUCUGUUUUUGUAACUUGUUCACCUGGAACACAGAUUUUAAAAUCAAUCCCGUGGUGGUGGCAUCCGCCUCUAAUCCCAGCAUUUGGGAGGCUGAGGCAGGAGGAUGGAGAGUUAAAGGCCUACCUGGACAACCUAGCAAUAUCUUGUGUCCAAAAAACAAAAACAAAACCUGACUUUUAAAAGGUUGGCCACAAUGUUGUCUGUCAGGUUUAAGCCAGUCUGCCUAGGAGAGAAUACAGGUAAAAUCCAACAGGAAGCCUUCCUGUUCCUUUUCCUUUUUUCCUCUCCUUUUGCCCCAUGCUUUUUGAUUAUGAAAAAAGUGGUUAAAAGUAGCAGUAGACAAGCAAGUCUUGGGCUUUUUUGAGUUAGUGGAGUAUUUUAAGACUGAAAAGGGAGAGCAUUUUCCUUGGGAAGGGAAAGCCGAGCUCGUGAGUAUGGGGCUUCUGAAUGCCAUUCCUCACUCCUCCGAGCCCUUGAGCCCAGCACCACCAUGGCUGCCAUGUUGCCAGAAAGAUCAAACCUUUUACAGCCUUACAAUAGGUUUUUCGGUAUGGUUUUCUCUUGUGUGUGUUUUGAGUUUGUCUUGUUUUUGUUCUGUUUGUGUAUGUGUGUAUAUGUGUAUGUGUGUAAAUGCUUAAAUCUUUUGGUUGCCCCCUCUGUGUCUCAGAGGGGUUUUGGUCCUUUUGUUCUGGUAUUCUUUUUUUUUUUGGUUCCGGGGAUCGAACUCAGGACCUUGUGCUUGGCAGACAGGCGCUUGUGCCACUGAGCUAUAUCCCCGGCCCUCGUUCUGGUAUCCUUAAACGUAUUUUCCACUCCUCCUUGGGCAUUUUGGAAGCUGGUCAGUUAGCAGGUUUUCUAGGAUGUCAGGAAACCUGGAUGACCUUAUCGGGUGCAAUACUAGCUCAGUUAAAGCUAGAAACCUACACUGUCACUUUACUGAGAUUUCUGAGUAUACUUUUCAUAUUGCCUUAAUGUAGCAGUAAUGUGUUAUGCAUUUGUUUCUUUGCACAGACAUUUUGUCAAAUAUUAAAACUCUACUUUUUUAUGGCACAUAUUAGCAUAUAAGCCUUUAUUCCAAGAGGUAUUUAUUUUUUCACUUGUAAAAAAAUAAUGUUUCCACAUAAAGAACUCUGUUAUAUCCUAGAGGACUUCUGUCUUUUAUAUUCAGGAUAAUAAAGACUUUAAAGCAAACA